AUGCACAUAUAAGCAUAAAACUAAUUAUGGGUUCAUGGAUAUGUAAAAUAAAGAUUUAAUGAUUAUAUAAUGUAAGAUUAUAUAAAUGAAAGGGCUAAUUGUGGAUUACAACUUAUAGUGUUAGAUAUCUCAGAUGUAGAUAAUAAUAUAUAUAUAUUUAGAUUAAUUAUGGUUUCCCUGAAAAUAUUGAAGAUUUUAUCCAUAAAAUUAAUCUAGAUUGGAGGGUAGUAAAUAUUGGAGAGGCUUUGAAUCUUAUUGAACUCAAAGAUUUGAAUUAAAAAUUAAAAGACAAUCUCAUCAAAGUUUUUAAAUAAUUUUCUUAUGAGAUUCUAUUAUAAUUAUUGAAAUUCAUAAUGUCUUGA